CCUGAUCAGAUCGAUGGGAGCAGGAAAAUGGGUCAUAAUUGGGAGCAGUGCGGGGAUUGUGCUGAUUCUAAUUGUCUUGGCAUGGAUCUUGCGGAGAAGACUGUUUAAGUGGAAUAUUGUUGCGCGCAGAAAAGAUGUAUCAAGCCGUGGUGUGUUGCCGGAGGAAUCUGGUUCCAUGAGGUUCUCGAUCAGAGAGGUCUACGUCGCCACGAACAAUCUCCACGACUCGAACCUCAUUGGCAAAGGGACUGCAGGAAAGGUUUACAGAGGCAUUUUGUCGAACAAGCAGCAGGUUGCAGUUAAGCAUAUUGUCGACGGCGGGCACAUGGAGACUUUCCUCAGGGAAAUCCGAAACCACUCGCGAAUCAGACACCCGAACCUCGUGGCUUUGCUGGGUUUCUGCGAGAGACGAGACGAAUGUUUCCUCGUCUACGAAUUGUGUCCCCAUGGGAACCUCUCAGAGUGGCUUUUUGGAAAGGACAAGGCGCUUUCAUGGAUUCAAAGGAUUCAGAUUGCAGUUGAUUGUGCAAGAGGACUCUGGUUUCUUCACACCUAUCCUGAAGGAUGCAUUGUUCACCGUGAUAUCAAGGUAGAUCUGCCUCCAUUUUCACCCACCUAUAUGUCUUCUAUAAUCAAACCGACACGGCUUAAUUUCUCCGUUCUGCAGCCGACGAAUAUACUGCUGGGAGCAAACUUCGAGGGCAAGCUUUCCGACUUCGGAUUGUCGAAAGCCAUAGACCUCGACAAGAGCCACGCGAGCUCGGAAGUGAGAGGAACGUUUGGCUACGUUGAUCCGGAGUACGAGAGCAACCGCCAAGUGAAUUCCUCCGGCGACGUCUACAGCUUCGGGAUCGUGCUCCUGCAGAUCAUCUCCGGCAAGAGGGUCAUCAACAUGAACAUGCAGGCACCAAUGCCAUUGAACAAAAUGGCAAAGUCGCUGACGAAAAGCGGAAGCAUAGUAGAGUUUGUGGAUCGGAAACUAGAGGGAGAGUACUCGUCAGAGGCUUUUGACAGCGUGUUGAACCUGGGUUUGUCAUGCACGGCGGCGAAGCAACAGCGGCCAUCCAUGGCGGAAGUUGUUCUGACAUUGGAAGAGGCGCUUCAGGUAUCAAAAAUUGCCAAGGCUUCCACUCCUCAGGCCACCCCAGAGCGGCCUCCAUAUAUGCGCUAGAGAAUGUUUCCACUUUUUUUCAAAAUAAAAUUAUUUAAAACAAAUAUAUAUAAUAUAUAUUUCAAA